CACCGGAGCACCGCCGGAGCACGCCGGAGCACCACAGACCGCGCCCGUCGCCCGCGGGCCGACCAGGGCCGCCAGGCAGGCGGACCUCUGAGCGGCGAUGCGCGGUGUGCAGGGCGCAGCGCUGCGCCGCCAGCGCAGCCGCCUGGAGGCACAGCAGCGGCGCGGCACGAGCCUCUCGCUGGAGGGCGCCACCGAGCAGCUGCGCCGACCAUCCACACAGUCGCUGGCGCAGCCCAGCGGCCUCAUCUGGGGCAUCACACUCUUCCACAUUGGCCUGGUGUUCCUCGUCAUCGGCUUCCUCAUGGUCAUUACGGCCAUGAUCCCCGGCUACAUGGAGAAGGCCGAGGCGUACGACCUCGUCGGCACCGGCACGUUCUUCGUCGUGCUCGGCGGCGUGCUGACGCUCAUCAACCGCGUCAUCACGCGGCGCGAGGAGGACUCGCUCGGCAAGUACGUCACGGGCCGGCUGGCGCGCUCGCGCAGCGGCGGCCGCCUCGCGAAGGACGCGAACGGCGCGCGAGCACCGGCGGCUGGGAACGACGGCGCGCAGAAGACGGCGGCGCCGAAGGUGUAG